AUGGCGUGCGAUGGCGGCGUGAAGGAGCAGGAGGGCCCCAGCGCGGCGUCUGCGGCCCCAAGUCCUGCGGCUGUGGCUAGGGCGAGGGCGAGGGCGGCGCGGCCUCCGAGGCCCAGGAGCCGCAAGGGGCUCGGCGUGCGGCACCCGCUGAAGCCCUACCGAAUCCUUGCAGCCCUCCAGAGGGCGAAUGCCAGGGUGAGGGAAGCGGGGGAGGCGACCCUCGUGGCAGCCCUCGCGGCGGCGCAAAAGGAGAGCGAGAGGGAGAACGAGGUGGUGCCCGAUGUAUCCGGCGGGUGGAAGAGUGAGGAUGGAAGUUUAAAUUGUGGAUACUCAAGCAUUAGAGGUAGAAGGGCAACCAUGGAAGACUUCUAUGACAUAAAAUCUUCUAGAAUUGAUGAUAAACAAAUAAACUUUUUUGGAGUAUUUGAUGGUCAUGGAGGUACCCGUGCUGCUGGGUAUUUGAAACAACACUUAUUUGAAAACCUUCUGAAACAUCCAGCGUUCAUUGGUGAUACUAAGUCUGCAAUGAGUGAGUCCUAUAAAAAAACUGACGCGGAUUUCUUGGAUGCUGAAGGCAAUAUUCAAGUUGGGUCGACUGCAUCAACAGCGGUUUUGAUUGGCAACCAUCUGUAUGUGGCAAAUGUUGGUGAUUCAAGGGCUGUAAUGUCAAAGGCAGGCAAAGCUAUUGCACUCUCUGAUGACCAUAAACCAAACAGAAGUGAUGAGCAGAAACGGAUUGAGGAUGCUGGAGGAGUUGUUGUUUGGUCUGGAACAUGGAGGGUAGGUGGUAUACUUGCAAUGUCUAGGGCAUUUGGCAAUCGUUUGUUGAAGCAGUUCGUUGUUGCAGACCCUGAGAUUCAGGAUCUAGAAAUAGAUGGUGAUGUGGAGUUUCUUAUUUUGGCUAGUGAUGGGCUCUGGGAUGUGGUGCCAAAUGAGCAUGCUGUUGCAUUUGUGAAGGACGAGGAUAGCCCUGAGGCUGCAGCCCGGAAGCUUACGGAGAUCGCCUUCAGGCGUGGGAGCAACGACAACAUUACAUGCAUUGUUGUAGAAUUUUGCCACGAUAAGAUGGUUGAUGGUUCUCUCACGUCAACCAAUCAGAGUUGA